AACCUAUGGUCACAGGUGAGUACGAGCAACAGCAAUGGGAGUUUCAAGUUUCUAGAAACUGCAAAGGACUUGCCUACCAUUAUGACUUCAAACAUUCAUUGCCUGAACACCAUGAUGAAGUGCAUAGCGCUUGGUGCAGUUGAGUUCCUUCGGAAACCACUCUCUGAAGAUAAACUAAGGAAUAUAUGGCAGCAUGUGGUUCAUAAGGCAUUUAAUGCAGGAGGGAGUGUUCAAUCCAAAUCACUAAAGCCUGUCAAAGAUUCUAUAGUUUCUAUGCUUGAGCUCAAAGUGGAACUUGAAGAAAACAAGGAUGAGAACAUGGAGAAAACAGAAAAUGUGUCUUUGGCUCACGAAAGCAAUGAGCAGCAGUCACCAGCUAGAGAUAAGCAUCCAGCUCCUUCAACUUGGCAAUUUAAACAAGUUGGGUGGCUGCUGGAUGAUGGAGAUUGCCAAGACCAUAUUAACUUCUCAGUAGAAAAGGAUAGUGUGGAGCAAGAGGGGGAGUCUAAAUCAUUCGAAACAACUUGUACCAUGUCUCAAGAAACUCUACAAGCAGGGCAUCCUCCAUGCUUUAUAGAGACUGUGAUCAAAGAGACGGGCGGCUUAACUGAUGGUGCCAAGAGUGAGAAUAACAUACAUCCCAAUCCACAAAAUAAAGACAGUCUCAACCAUUCUAAUGAUGUUGCUUCUGAUCUUCAUACUUCCGAUGGGACUAGAGCUAAUCGAAAGAAGAUGAAGGUAGACUGGACACCAGAGCUUCACAAAAAAUUCGUGCAAGCGGUGGAAAAACUAGGUGUAGAUCAAGCAAUUCCUUCACGAGUAUUAGAGCUAAUGCAAGUGGAAAGCUUGACAAGGCAUAAUGUAGCAAGUCAUCUGCAGAAAUAUCGAAUGCGCAGGAGGCCUAUUUUGCCCAAGGAAGAUGACCGGCGAUGGCCACAUCAUAGAAAGCAAGAAUCAAGGAGUUAUUAUCCAUAUAAACCUAUCAUGGCAUACCCUCCAUAUCAUUCUAACCAUGAUCUUCCAACCAGCCCAGUCUAUCCUAUGUGGGGACCAACAGGUAGUCACACAGCUAGCAUGCAUACAUGGGGCACACCCAGCUAUCUCCCAUGGCCCCCAACAGAAAUUUGGCACAGGAAGCCUUAUCUAGGGAUGCAUGCGGAUGCAUGGGGUUGCCCUGUGAUGCCACCAUUGCAUAGUCCUUUUUCUUCUUUUCCUCAAAAUGCAUCUGGGUUUCAAAGUGCCAGCAUGGUCAAUAACAGCUGUGGCAUUCCACAAAAAUCUUUUGACCUACAGCCAGCUGAGGAGGUUAUCAACAUGGUAGUGAAAGAGGUAAUCAACAAGCCUUGGCUACCGUUGCCCAUAGGCCUCAAGCCCCCGUCUACAGAUAGCGUCCUAGCGGAGCUCUCCAGGCAAGGCAUCUCAUCAAUUCCUCCCCUCUGCUCUAAUUCCUUCUAAUGUGGUGCCAUUUAAUCAGAUUAUGGUAGCUAACUCUAGUUCAGCUGGUCCUUCAUCAGUCUUCAUCAAAAGAUUAGACUCCACCAAUCAUAAAAAAGUUUUCGACAAACAUGAUUUGAUACGUCCGUAGCAAAUUCUAAAUUGGCUCGAGACCGUCUAUCUUAUAGCUCACGUGUCUUUGAAGCGCAUGUGCUAGAGAUGACAUCAGGCCACGUAAGGACAGCCAAAAAGGUCUCGCUGUCCAUUGGCACAGUGAACAGACAGUCCGAAGAGGCAACAUAAACAUCUAUGAAAGCCAUGUAGACACCUUAUGCAUCUCAUGUCAAAGUUGUGGUUGUGAACAGAUCAUAACAGAGGGCAUGUUGGCCUGCUGGGUGUUCUGUUUUCUUGUAGAAAAAAAAAAUUAGAGCUUUGUUUGAGAAAUUGCUGAGGGUGUCGUUUUUUGGUCUGUUCAGUUGGGCCUUAUCAAUGUGUAAUAAUGGGCAAUGGGGGUGAUUGAGACUGCAUGGAUUUUGUCAAUAAUGUCGACGACUUGACAUGAAAUCAUUGAUGCUUGCUGACUAGUUUUCUAUCUCUAACAGUCUUGAUGGAGUCCUGAAAUGAGGUGCAAUUUGUUGAGAAA